AUGACCCCCACACGAUCAACCCCCUCCAGUGACGCCCAAAUGAGUGAAGGAACUCGAGCGACCAAAAACCUCACUCGAAAAUGCGAUAAUCCAAAUUUAGCCCCAUCCCAAUGGGCCGUGAACGUGGCCAAUCUUGCAUUACACACGGACCUAACCGGCCUAGCCACGGCAAAACCGUUGAAUAUUCUCACCACCGACGUUUUGAAAUACGUACGAACGAGGCCCACGCUCAUUUGGGAGCUUAGUGAUGUGAUGCAAAGGGUUUGGAGGGGCGCCAUUUGUCCGGAUUACCUGCUUCAACUGGGGGAAUUGCACAAAGGGAAAAGCAGAGAUGAACUUUUCCGAGGCCAGCUGGUAACCAAUCAGCCUGAUGAGAACAUGAUGCUACAAUAUCUCCAAGCGCAGGCGCUACAUCAAGCAUUUCCACCGGAUAGCAAAAGGCGCGCGAAUAUCAUGUUUAAGAUCAUGCACAAGAUGUGCGAACAACACGACAGUAUCAUACCCUUUGAUAUUAACAAUUUUCGAGUCCACGAACUAUACAAACCUCGCCUAGUGGACAAGAAACCUAUCAACCGAGUGGCGGAUUUUGUGUUUAUCAGCCGGCUAGAGAGCACAAACGACAAGACAAUGGUUGGAGUGUACAAACAAAUGACUCAUUCACGGCUCCCAUUCAACCCUGUUCAUAGCAAAUUCCUCGCUUUUUCUCCCAUGUGCGGCGGAGUUGUAAUCCGCGAAGGCGAGGGAGAUAUCAUCCAGGCCGAAGCUUCCUUGCACAUGAACGCCUGGCACGCAGCAACAAUUCUCCACAUGAAACGUUUAUGUCGAUAUAUCCGAUUGGAUUACGACCAACAUCCCGCACCGGCAAGUAUAGGGCUCAAGAUCGUCAACGACACAUGGACGAUUUCCGUGGGCUAUUCAAUGCUCGUGGACGACGAAGAGAAACUGUGCGUUGAGGACAUUGCUGUAAUCCCGGUGUUGCCGGGUAACGUCGCGGGCAUAUACCAGGCCCUUCGCAUGAUGAAUGCGAUACUCGAGUAUUUCAAACUAUUCCACUUGCCCUGGAUUACCAAAAUUGUGAUCCCGACUGCCAUCAAGACAUUCUCGAACCACGGCGUCGGUCUCGUCCCGCGGACCUAUUUGGUCAGUUUGGACGAACGAGACCGCCAGGCCCGGUCGUCCUCUAUCUCUUCUGGGUUGUGGUCGAUGGUGAAGAUACAGUCCCGUGGGGAGGAGACCUCGGCAGAGCAGCAGAAUACACGGAUGAGGUAUGGCCCGCCGUUAUUUGCCCUAAGUUGGCCUCGAAGAGGCGCGGUGCGAGGGGACAUCUAUGCUGAGGACAGUCAUGGGUUGAUGCUGGUGUCAGAGUACGAUGUUCUGGGCUGCGGGUCAGGGUUCGCGAGCACAUUCCACUAUCUCGAGUCUUGGUGA